UUAUUUGUAGGUCGAGAAACAUAUAGUAGCUCCAUCUACGGAAGUUUGUAAAAAGUGCGUAUAACCUCGUGGUGUGGAGUUUUAGGGCAGUAGGUUGUAAUUUCCAAUUCCCUGCAUAUUUAAUGAUAUACACUGUCCAUCUAUACACAAACCAUGCCAGAAGUCAGUGUUGCCGAAGUUGAAAGUGUUCAAGAAAAGGUGGUGAAAACAAAUGACACUGCACAUGAAUCUGGGACAGAUUCUGAGAGUGAGGAUUCUGUUCCAGAGUUGGAAGAACCUGAAACUUCUGGGACUCAGUCAACUAGUCAGGAACAGAUGGCACAGGCAGCAGGUAUAACAGAAGAAAUGGUCAGUAAAUCUAAACAGAGCCGAAGUGAAAAGAAAGCACGAAAAGUAAUGUCCAAGCUUGGGUUAAAGGAAGUCUUAGGUGUUAGUAGAGUCACUGUUCGUAAAUCAAGAAACAUCUUGUUUGUAAUCACCAAACCCAGUGUUUAUAAAAGUCCAGCUUCUGACACAUACAUAGUUUUUGGUGAAGCUAAGAUUGAAGAUCUUAGUCAGCAAGCACAGAUGGCAGCAGCAGAGAAAUUCAAAGCUCCUGAACCAGGGUUGAAUGUUGGUGAGCCCACAAAAGCUACUGUGUCACAACCAAUUGAGGAAGAAUCGGAAGAAGAAGAAGAAGAGGUGGAUGAGGCUGGUGUUGAAAGUAAGGACAUUGAAUUAGUUAUGUCCCAAGCUAAUGUCACCAGAACUAAAGCUGUUAAAGCACUGAAGAACAACAAUAAUGACAUUGUAAAUGCUAUUAUGGAACUCACAAUGUAAUUGCUACAUACUAUUCAAGUGAAGAGGUACCACCUACCAAAAUUGAAUCUUUCACAAAUUGUCUACAGUGUUCAUUAUUGCCUUCCUUCUGCCAGAAAGUUACACACUGUACAAUAAAAUUGAACUUUAUAUUCUGCAGUUUGACUAAAACAUUAAAUACGUGAACAUGUUUCACAAAAGUGAUAAAUGAUUAUCUAUCAUUUUUACAAUUGUUAAAAUACUUGUAAAUUAUGGUCACUCUUUGUAUCUAUUGAGAAAUAUAACUUUUCGUUUUUAACACUAAAGGUUGUUUUUAGAAUACAAAUAAAUUAUUUUCAUACUUUUUAAGAGAUAAAACAAUUGUACAACUUUGUUUCAUGCUGCAAUACAUCCAGUUUCAAGCUUCUUUGCUUAAUAGUAAAAUAAAUAACUAUCCAAUAAGUUAUUAUUACAAAAUAAGAAGGUAGAAAAGCAUACGUUGUGUCAGUUGUUUUUUUUUUUAAAGAAAUAAAAUAUAAAUGUUCAGUACAAUCCGUUAUUUUUAGACAUCUUUCUCAGUUAAACAAUCCCAUGGAGAACAUUAAGACUCAUUUGGACAUAUUUAUAAUUUUGUUUUUUGAACCAUUUUAGGUUUUAACUCUUAAAACAUUGGCCAUAUUUGAGCAAGUUAUCCUAGAUAUAUUGAACAUAUGAUGUGGACACUGUGUGAAUACAUUUUCUGGACUUUUAGAAAAUUUGUUUUGUUGAAGUUGUGAUACUAAAAUUAAUUUUGAUGAUAUUCCGCACUAUCAAUCUAGCUUAAACAUAUUGAAGUGUGAUUUUUGUAUUUAGUGGUACAAGUUUGGCUGCCCAUUCUUCCAAUUUCUUGGUAUUGCGUUAUAUCUGCCCACUAUUAGAUGUGGUAUGCCUGUUUGCAUUGAAAUUAAUAUCUUAGACAUAAAGUAGCAUGUGAAAAUAACUUUCACUGACAAAUUUAAUCAUACCGAGGGGAGAACAGUUCAAGAUUAUUGAGUAGUGUUUUAUAUUAAUUUCUUGUGUUUAAAGAAACCAGGUUAUUGAUGUGUGUAAAUUUUUUAGUUUUCUUGAAUUAUAUCAAACAUUAAUAAGUAUGUUAAAAAAUUUUAUCUAAUAUAGUGCCAACUGCUAAUUAGUAAAGGUUUAGGCUUCUCAUAAUAUUCUAGAUUCUUUAAACAAUCAUCUCUUCACUAACGAAAACAUUAAUGGUUAAUAAAUAUUUUCUGAAACUUGAAGUAUUAAAAUAAUCUUGAAUAAGGAUAAAUAAACAUUCAGCCAUGUUGAAACAUUUCCAGAUCUGAGGUAAAUAAAAACAAACGUAAUAAACUUGUUUUUCGUAGAUCUUAAUAAGGAAAUACUUCUAGGUUAAUCUUCUUUAACCAGUGACUUGUCAUAUAUCUUCUAUACCUCUUAGAAGUAUUUAUUCCCUGUAAUUGAAGUUUUGAUUUUAUAUAAAUUUCUUACAAAAUCACCUGAUUGCCUUUCACAAAAAUAGUUUUCAUAUGUUAUUUUAGAACUGUGUCAAUCGAACAAAAAAUUAUCAGUAAUUUGGCCAUGUAAUCACACUUAACAUUUAUAUAAUAACUUUAAAAGGCAUAUUUAAGAAGUCAGAAACUCUGCCUAAUCUUUAUUAUUUUGUAUUUCUCAUGAGAGUUCAGAACAUGUUGGCUAAAAGAAACAUAAGUGACCAUGCUUAGCUGCAGUAGCAGAAGCCUUCUCUUCUUGGCCAAGUUUGUAAAAAUGAAAGAGCAUGUGAAUAAGAAAAUAAUAUGACAAUCAGAGGAAUGGCACCUUUUAUUUCUGUUUUAGAGUAACAUAAAACAAUGUAACUAUGGAUAGUUCGAGAAAAAAAAAUUGUGUAUGAAAAAGAAAUAAGAAAUGCUGAAUCUGUACCUUUGCAGGUAAGUUA